UGACCUAGUUGACAGGCUCUGAGGUGCUGCUGUGGCGGCGUCCGCAGGGCUGAAGCGUGUGGGAGCCAAAACCGAGCGCGGGCAGAGAGCGGAAAGUGACAAUUGGAGAACGGCGGGCGGCGCGGGACGCGGAGCCUCUUUCACUUUUUCCCUCCCGAGUGCCCCCUCCCACCCCUCCCACUCCAUACACACCCUGUUUGCCCGUGAGCCUGGGGAACUUGCAGCUUAAAGCCAGCCACCCCCACAGCAACAUGUACCCCAGCAACAAGAAGAAAAAGGUGUGGAGAGAGGAGAAAGAACGUUUACUGAAGAUGACCUUAGAGGAGAGACGCAAAGAAUACAUAAGGGACUAUGUUCCUCUGAACACCAUCCUAUCAUGGAAGGAGGAGGUGAAAGGCAAGAGCCAAAAUGAUGAGGAAAAUCCUCAGGAAACAUCGCAGGUGAAGAAAAGUUUGAAUGAAAAAGUUUCUCUCUAUAGAGGUGACAUCACAUUGCUAGAGGUAGAUGCUAUAGUCAAUGCGGCAAAUGCCAGUCUCCUUGGAGGAGGAGGUGUGGAUGGCUGUAUUCACAGAGCAGCUGGCCCCUGUUUGCUAGCUGAAUGUCGUAACCUGAACGGCUGUGAUACUGGACAUGCGAAAAUCACAUGUGGCUAUGACCUGCCUGCAAAAUAUGUCAUCCAUACUGUAGGGCCAAUAGCAAGAGGCCAUAUUAAUGGUUCCCACAAGGAAGACCUUGCAAAUUGCUAUAAAUCAUCUCUGAAGCUGGUGAAAGAAAAUAACAUCCGAUCAGUUGCAUUUCCCUGCAUUUCAACAGGCAUUUAUGGUUUCCCGAAUGAGCCAGCUGCAGUCAUUGCCCUCAGCACCAUUAAGGAAUGGCUGACCAAGAAUCACCAUGAGGUGGAUCGGAUCAUCUUCUGUGUCUUCUUAGAAGUCGACUUCAAAAUCUACAAAAAGAAAAUGAGCGAGUUUUUCCCUAUAGAUGAUAAUGAAGAAGAAGAUGUUGACAUGAAAGAAGAUGCAGAAGGCUUAGAGCCAAAAGGCCUCUCUCCACCCCCCAAGAAGAGCAAAGCAAAGAAGCCAGAAUGUUCAAAAGAUUCUAGCGAGGAUGAGAACAGUCCAGAGGAAAAACAAAGUGCGGAAGAAAUGGAAGGGCAGAGCCAAGAAGCAGGUGGGCUCAGAUUUCUUUUGAGGAGUCUCCUAGGCCUCAUCCGCAGAGAUGGUGCCAAUGCAGCUACUGUGCCCAGCCCUGCUUCAGAAGAGGCAAUUGAAGUCUGUAAAGAUGAAGAUUCUGCAAAAGAUGAGAAUAUUACAAAAGACAAUGAAGUAACCAAUCAUUCUGUGUGUAACCAAGAUCAUCCCAAUGAGCUUUCAUCAAAUCAAGAAGAGGCCACUCUUGUAGAGCAACCUGAAGUGAUUCCACUCACAGAUGACCAGGAAGAAAAGGAAGGUGAAAAAGCAAAAGUUGCAUCCAGGCCUAAAAUGGAAGACACAUGUAGUGGAAGACUUUGUAGAGAAAAGAUAACAGCUCAAGGCAAGGACACGCCUAGAGUUUCUGUGAAAAGGGAAGGCUCCUGCGACACAGAAAACUGUACAAGUCCUGAUGUUGAAAUGAAUAGUCAGGCUGACAGUGUAAAUGACCCAACAGAGAGUCAGCAAGAAGAUUAACUAAUAGGGGCACAAGAUGAAGCAAAGGAACAAAGAAAUGGAAGUAAAUGCCAGUCUUCAGCAUUACAGCCUCUCCUAGUCCCGGGGAGAGUGGGAAGACAGCAGCACUGGCUGUGGAGGGUGGGGGUGGGGGGAGGCAGGUUCCACAGAAGGACGGGGAAUCCUUUGCUCUCAUUUCUCUAGCUGCAUUUUGUUCUGUUUACUUACAGAAGAAGAAGAAGAAGGAAGUUUCCUGUAAUUUGGUGGGGUGACCCACAUUAACGCAUCUUUCAGGCUCUAUUCCUGUAAUUUCUGUCUUUUCUCUCAUAACUUUGCCCUAGGGUCACGGGUUAACACUCACAUGUGUAUCCUCAGCCCUGUCUGCUUUCUCGGUUAUUUCACAAAGCAGGUUGUACAGUGGUUUCUCCAAAGAAAGGAAGGAAGAUGAUUGUUUGAUAAGCUACAGGUAUCACCAAGCCCAAUUCCUGUAUCAUCCAUAGGCAAAGAUAGAAAAUGGGCAACACCCUCAGAAAUCACUUGGAAAAGGUCAGGAUGAGGAGUGGAAAAUUAUAUUUUCUUCAGGGAUUCCCAAGGUACAGUUUUGUUCCAUGUGGUUAACGGGGAAUAUGGAAGCAAGAUUUAAUCCAGAGCAGAGUACAGAGGUAAAACAAGGGAAACAAGCCCUGACAGUCCUCUGGUCUCUCCAUCAUCAGCAGAACAGCAGAGGUAUUCUUCUUUGACACCGAAUUUCAGUAGAGCUUGUUUGGUUCCUGAUGUCUUUAUCAUGUGCUGUAGCAUGGAGCCCCCCAGUGAGAUGUGACUCUGUGAGACACCGUUAUAAAGGAUAGCACUUUUCUAGGUGUUUUAGUCAAGAGAGAGGGCUGCGCAUUUAGGAUUCAAACAUAUGCCUGUGAAAUUAAAAGUUCUACUUGAAAGAUCUCUUUAUAUAUGUGCUUUUUAUAAAAAAAAUCUUCUCUUUCCCCAAGGUUUGAUGGCCCACAGAACAGAUUCUCACCUGAAGUUAGAGGCAAUUAGAGGUCUUGGAUGCAAUUUUGGCUUACUGGUAUGCUUUUAAAUGGUGUGGUUUGCUCAUGCCAAGUCCAAGACUAACAUGCUAGCUGGCCGCCUCUGACAGCAGACCACUGAUUGUGGCCUUUAAGGGAGCAGCAGUAUUAAUAAGCCAAGAUGCCAGUGGUAGUGUGGGCAUGGUGAUGAAGUGCCCUGGAGGAAGUCAGAAGUUGUCACAAAGGUCUAUCUCAGAGCCAACGUGAACAACCACCCUCACGAGGCAAGAUGGCUGGCUGCUUCCCACAGCCUCCCUGCGUUCUAAGACCAUUCUUUCCACCCCCCCACCCCCGCCCCAUGGAAACGGUUAUCAUUUCUUGCAUAUGUCCUUCAAUCCGUCUUCCUUAUAAAAGCUUUAGAAUAUUAAGUUACUGAUAGAUUUUUUUCUUAGUAGAGAAAGAAAAGUAAUGGAUCGAAUUGAGUAUUUCUAAAAUAAAAGGAUGUUCUACUUCCUAAAUAUUCCAUGAAAUUCUUUAGUUUUGCCCUUUCCUCUAUGGAAAAUUCACCUUUUUAUCUUCCUAUUAGUUUUGUGUUGGGCUUUCUAAAUUUAUUGCCCCUCUGCAUGGCUUAUUUCAUAUAUUGGAAUCAUCAGCAAGUUAUAUUUCUGCAUAUGUAAUAUGUUUUAACAUUCUGUUUUUUUUUUUUUU